AUGUCUGCUGUAAGCGCUCUACUACUGCUACUGCCUGUAGCGUGGACUUGUGCCCCCCAGAAAGCAGACUAUGUGAUGGUGUCGUGUUUCCCCAAUGCCAUCAUUGCUAACGUCCCGGAGUGUCCCUACGGCUGGGAGAUCGGCCAGCUGUCCCUAGGAGGGCUGUGUUACAGCGGUGUCAACAGCCCAGGGUACUUUCGCUUCACCAUCCCUGACCUGACGCCCAAAAACAACUCGUACUGUGGCACUCACGCCGAGUAUAUUGGUGGUAAAGACCCCAAGUAUGUCUUCUACAACUCCAUUGUGUCCAAUGACACUUCACUAACAGUCAGAAACCAGCCGGUCAACUACACUUUCAGCUGCACGUACCGGGCCGCCUACUUGGUCAACAACGCCGUCUUCAGCCAAAGAGUGGCUACAGUUUUUGUCAACAACGGGAGUUUAGGCACUUUUAGUUCACAGUUGUCUAUGAACGUGUUCACGAAUUCCAAGUUCCUGUAUGCCAAAGACGCCCCCUAUGUGAUUGACACAUCAGAGAUUGGCUCUGAAGUGUUCAUUGGGAUUGAAGCCAAAGGACUCAGCAACAGAUUCAAAGUGGUGAUAAGCAACUGCUGGGCGACACCCACUCCUUACUCAAUAGACAAGAAGAGGUGGAAUCUCAUCAUCAACAGCUGCUCGUAUGAUAAAACUGUGACCGUUUUCGAGAACGCCAAAGACAGCCGCUCCAUGUUCAAGUUCAACUCAUUCCGCUUCCAGCGCCAGGAGAAGGUGUCCACUGUUUGGCUUCACUGCGAGGUUGGGGUUUGUGACGGGGAAAAACUCUCAUGUCAGCCAGGCCCAUGCACUGCCAGAAGCCUCCCUUCUGAAGCAGAGCCAAGUGGCGGUAUCCUCACCACAGAGUUCCACUUUAAAGGCACGUCUCUAUGUAUCCUGUGUAUAGUCCUGGUAAACACACUGUUGGGUUGUGUGAAUCUCCCCAAAUUGUAG